AUGUUGCUCGCCGAUAUUUCUGGUAUAAAGUACAGCAAAAGAAAUACUCUCACUUUAAACUAUCUUUGUUAUAUCUAUGCUAAUAAGAUUAUCUCGGUUAAUAGGUACUUGAUUAUUAUUGGAAUAUUCUAUGCAGUACCCGUAUUUCAGCUAGUCAUGACCUAUCAGAGGUUUGUAGCUCAACCAGGAAAUGACGGACUUUGCUACUAUAACUUCUUAUGUAGUUAUCGUUUAGGCAUAUUUAUGGCAUUCAAUAAUUUCAUAAGCAAUAUUGGAUAUGUUUUAUUAGGCAUAUUAUUAAUAAUCGUGACGUUAGCAAACGUAGUCUCUAAUUUUUUGUCUUUACUCAAUAUUCGACGCCAGGAGUAUGGUGUCCCACAAAGAUUUGGAGUCUUCAUUGCCAUUGGUGUUAGUCUCAUCAUGGAAGGCAUUCUUAGUGCAUGCUAUCAUAUCUGUCCUAAUAAAACCAAUUUCCAAUUUGAUACUUCCUAUAUGUAUAUAACGGCUAUUUUGAUCAUGGUUCAGAUUCAUAACGUGCGCCAUCCUGAUCUUAUCGUCAGCGAACACAUGAUUUUCCUAUGCUUUGCCGUAAUUAUAUGCCUCGCGGUCAUAGGAGUUCUGUUCAAAUCUUUUACACUAUGGGUCGUAUUUACGGUCAUUUAUAUCGUCACAAUUAGUUUCAUAAGCGUGCUGGUAUAUUAUUACGGACAAUGGAGAAAAUGUAAAAUAAUUAAUCGUGAAAUGGAAAUAAUUUGCUUCCUUGAUCUUCUGGUCUUUUUACUUCUGGUCAAUGCUUUAAACUGGGGACUGGCAUUAUUUGGUCUGAUUAGAGAACCAGAUAAUUUUGGCAGCUUCUUUCUAGCAAUUUUCAUGUCCAAUCUGAUGAUGUAUCUGGCAUAUUACAUUGCAGAAAAGAUUUACCAUAAGGAAAAAAUUCUCUGGUUAUCCAUCUUAUUAUCUAUUAUUGCCACAGUUUUAUGGGUAUUCUCAAUCUACUUUUUCCGUCAAAAUGUUGCAAAAAGACAGGCUACACCUGCAAGAUCGCGCGAAUUAAACCGAGAAUGUGCCUUUCUUGACUUUUAUGACUAUCAUGAUAUUUGGCACAUGCUAUCAGCUGGAGCUUUAUUCGUCUCCUUUUUGCUCCUGUUAAGCUUGGAUGAUGAUUUGGUUACUAUACGACGAGAUGAGAUAAUCGUCUUUUAA